AUGUCUCAAGAUCAGAACAUUACCCUACCAACACCCACUCUCGUCACCUUGCCACAAAAAUUCUACCUUGGCAUCAAGAGAUACAACGUGAGUUUAGUGAAUGCUAAUUUCGGAGAAUGGAUUCGAGAAACCUUCUGUCAAGCCGUUCAAGCCAUUCCUCAACUCAAACAAUGCCAACAAACAUUCAUUCCGAUCGCAUUCUAUCAUCGCUUCGGAAGCCGUGAAGAUGUUGAUUUGGAGAAUGCAGUCUUUAUUGACUUGAAUGAAUUGGGAAUGAGUUUGGAGCAAGUACAAGAAAAAGUGGAACAUGUGAAUCGUGAAGGCAAUGUUCAAAGCAAGAUGGAAGUGAAUUCCAUUGAGAGUGGUGAAUAUCUUUCAUUGAAAUUUGUGGGUCCCUAUAACAUGUUGCCAAACGUGUGGGGAUGUUUUAUGAAAGGAAUGGAAGAGAUCAAGUAUGAGAUGGAUGGUCCUUGUUGGGAAGAAUAUUGGAAUUCUACAAUGGAAGUGAGCCCAAAUGAACUGAUCACUGUGUUGUAUCAAAAAGUAGCUCCAAAGAACAAGUAA